AGCCGGACAUUAAAUACUGGCACUACUGUCUUUCGCUUUACUUUUCUUUUUAUAUUAGUUGCACAUUUCUUACGUAAUUGACACUAGGUGUUUACCUUUGUUUUUUAUAAACAGUAUAUAUUAUUUAUUAUAACAUUUAUGACGUGUACUAUCUACAAGUUCGGUAUUUCAAUACAUUGAGCAGAUCAUCCAUCAGAAAUCCCGUAACAGGUGAUAUGCAAAAGUCUCUUUCGCUCCAUGGCUCCAAUCUGGACUGAUGUUCGAGCUGUUUUGCCCUCGACAGCGUCUGAAUUCCCUCUUCAGUUCAGCGAAAAGAUUGAAUUGAGUGUGUUGAAGGUUCUCGAGCUGGCCAGAGAUCAGCUGUACAGUGAAGCAGAUGGUCCAGCUUCUGCUGAAAGAGCUCAGCUCAUCAUCGAUUACUCCUGGGAGAAGCUCAACACUGGGACAUGGAGAGAUGUGGACAAGGACUGGAGGAGAGUUUACUCUUAUGGAUGCUUAUUCAAAGUCUUAAGUUUGUGUCAUGGAUAUCCAUCUCAAUAUAAUAUCCAAGAGGCCAUUAAAACAUGUGACAUGAGUCUGUUAAUGGGGGCAGCCAUCAUGGACAACAUUCUGCAGAGGCUUGUUGGUGUCAUAAGAAAUAAAAUGAAAAUGAAAAGUCCAAACAAAGCUCACAGGAGUGAAGAACCCUGUUCAAAGAAGAUGAAACUGGACUGUGUCUCCGAGCCUGUAAUAAACCCUGCACAAGCAGUGCCUAGGAUUCAUUGUCCAUCCCUGGAGCGCUUCAGAUCAGAUUUCCUGGAUCCUCAGAAGCCUGUGAUUAUAGAGGGAAUAACUGACCACUGGCCAGCCUUCGCAGAGCAUCCAUGGAGCAUAGACUACUUACGAACUGUUGCUGGCUGCCGGACGGUACCUAUUGAAGUGGGAUCCAAGUACACUGAUGAAGAGUGGUCACAAAAGCUCAUUACAGUAAAUGACUUCAUAGACCGCUACAUUAUAGGAACAGCGGAGGUAGGAGUGGGAUAUCUGGCUCAGCAUCAGUUGUUUGAUCAGGUUCCAGAGCUGAAAGGAGAUAUUCGCAUCCCAGACUAUUGUUGUCUUGGAGAGGGAGAUGAGGAUGACAUUACAAUUAAUGCCUGGUUCGGGCCUGGAGGGACUGUGUCUCCUCUCCAUCAGGAUCCUCAACAGAAUUUUUUGGCACAGGUGGUUGGAAGGAAAUACAUCCGACUCUACAGCCCAGAUGAAACAAAAAAUCUCUAUCCACAUCAGACGCAGCUACUGCACAACACCAGUCAGGUGGAAGUGGAGAAUGCAGACCUGGAGAAGUUCCCAGACUUCUCUAAAGCCUCAUAUCAGGAGUGUGUUCUCCAGCCCAGAGAUGUCCUCUUCAUCCCUCAACAGCACUGGCAUUAUGUGCGCUCUCUAGAGCUCAGCUUUUCAGUCAGUUUUUGGUGGUCCUAAUUUGUAGAGAAUAAAACGAGGUGCCCAGUGUGUGCGGUCAA